GUGAAGUAAAGCUGCAGACGGCUGUUGCUCAUUGUGCCCUCGGUGCGCAGGAUAGAAAACACUUGCAUGGGUAAAAAUAGUUCUUGCUCGUAUUGGAGUGUAGGAGUCAUUGGACUGGACACGAUGCUGCAGAGGUAGAACAGAAGAAGUGUUGGAUUUUAUCUUUCGUAUGAGGACAGGAGUCGAGAUGAUGAUCCAGGCCUCCUGUAGAAACGGUCUGCAAGUGUGUUUACUCCUGCUGGUGGUGGGACGACCACAGGGUAGAGUAACAGCACCAGAGCGUCUGGAAGCUCCAGUGGAUAAACCUUUCACUCUGACCUGCAGUGUUUCAAGGGACCGGGGUGAAACCCUGAGGCAGGUGCGCUGGCUGGAUGUCCAGAACCAGACUCUGCUGACUUACCAACCUGGCAACAGGGACAGCGUGAGCGGGCAGCAGCAUGUGGAGCUCGCCUCCUCCCCCAGGGACUCCUCGGCCAUCACCAUCCGCCGCGUGGGCUUCCGCGAUGAAGGCUGCUACACCUGCAUCUUUGAUAUGCUGCCCUCUGGCUCCAAGCAGGGCCACACCUGCCUCGCUGUUACCGCCCAAGUCAUCGGCGAACGGAACAAGACGGCCGUGAGCGGCAAGACGGUCUCCCUCUCCUGCUCCUACGCUCUGCCCGAGAAGGUGCAGCAGGUGGCGUGGAGGCACGCGGCCGGGGGCGCCGCCGCCGCCGCCGACGUGGCCUCGUACGCCAGGAGGAGCGACCCCAUGGUGGAGCCGGCGUACGAGGGCAGGGUGUGGCUCAGCGCCUCGCUGUCCCACAGCCAGAUCACCAUCCAGCCGGUGGCCGUGCGCGACGAGGGCUGCUACACCUGCCUGUACAGCACGCUGCCCGACGGGCCCAAGAGCUCCACCGUCUGCCUCUCCACCUACGUGCUGCCCAAGCCCCAGGUGAGCUACAGGACCACGGCCCCGGGGCUCAUCGAGGCCAACUGCAGCUGCGUGUCGCGGCCGCCGGCGGAGAUCGUGUGGAACGUGGAGCGGGACAACCGCACGGUGGGCGCCCCCGCCACCACGCUGCUGCCGCAGGGCGACGGCACCACGCUGCUCAUCAGCACGCUGGCGCUGCGCUCGGAGCUGCUCAAGGACGUGUCCGUCAAAUGCCUGGUGCACCACAAGGGCCUGGAGUCGCCCAUUGCUGUAUCCAUGAACACCAAAAUUGGGACCGCGCUCACCAUCCUCAUCUCCGUCACCACAGUGGCUGCUCUGCUGGUCCUGUCCCUCUGCUUCUGCCUCUGGAAGUGUUUUUUGCGCAAGGAAGGCCCAGCCACUGUUCUCCGGCUGCACAUGAAGGAAACACAGUGAGAGAGGGAACAUCUGCAUCAGUCGAGGCCCAGAUUAAACCAGGACGGGCUUUUAAAGGGAGCCUGUUUGUUUCAAUGCAACCACCGAACAUAAAAGGUCACAGUAAUUUAAACCUACAGUAGACGUGCUCUUCAGGCUCACGUCAUCUCGUCUGCUGCCCUCUCUGUGCUUUCUCCUCAGCUGAUUAAUGCGGACGACGCCGGGCCUGAGCAGAACAGGGCCAGCCGCGCAGAACGUGUCUCCUCCAUCAUCAUCAUCACCAUCAUCAUCAUCACCUGUACAGUCUGAUACAAUCCUCUGUAGGACAUUCAGCUGACGCACGCUGUCCUCGUAUGAAGCUUUUUAUUUAAUCUGCCUGUUAUUGAGGGUCUGUUUCUGUCUUAUUAUAUUACACCUCUCACAUUUAGCAAACAUCUUUACUGUGAAAACACUGUGCGAUGUGUUUGUGCCCUGUUUUAAACAUUCAUGUCUUUAAACGACUCUCAGCGUCCCUCCACAGUUUACUGCAGCGCCCCGAACCUUUUUCACAAAGAUUGGGUCAAUUUGCUGAAGGGGCUGAAGGAGCUGAAGCCUCGUCGCGGCCCCUGAACAGGAAUGUGUGGCGACAGCGUGGGGCUGGAUGAGUUCGGGUGUGACUUGAAGUCAGACUUGUAACAGGAGCCGCUGUGCUCUGCAAAACAAACUGCUGCACGGCGCAUGGAUGGAGUCGGACGUGGUCCGUUAAUGUUAAUGGUGGCACAGUGUUGGUUUUCUACAGACACAGAUGAUGACCUCGUCUUCAUCGUCUCGUCAUAUUUACUGGGUUCUUUUUAAUUAAUAAAUAAAGACGUGCCCUAAUGGUGCAAUUAUGUAAACUUGUCAUAAUUAAUGCAACAGAAUUAAAAAACUAAACUGCAUGUUUCUGGACCUUCACCCUUUUUAAAUCCAGCCUCCUUUCAUGCAUUUGCGCUCAGAACUGUUUUUCUGGUUCCUCCCGGCUUCUUUCUGCCAGACCUGCCGGCCACAUGCUCUGUCUUCUGCCUGUUUCAUCCUGAGCCAGGCUGCUUGUCACGGAGCCCUCUCGCUCAGAUCUCACCACACAUGCUGAGCGGAAGCUCUGGAUUAACCCAGUAGUGACUACGCGUCUCCGUAGCGAUGGUGUUUCUGCUGAAGCCAUUGUGACACAGACACUUCAGGAUGUCCUGUAAUAAACACUCACAGAUGUAAAAUCA